UGUGAGCGUGGAGCUUGACGAAGGCAAUAAAAGUGAGUCUGGGGUCGGCGGGAUUCUCCGGUCGUUCUUCUUCAGCGACGCUGUCGUUAUUUUUUUUUUCCACGGACACUUUCUGCACUCGAUAUGGUUCGUGUCAUCGAAAGCUUGGAGGAGUUCGAGGCGGUCCUGAAGGAAAACGAACUGGUGGUGGUGGACUUUACAGCCACCUGGUGCGGUCCCUGUAAGAUGAUCGCUCCCCAGUUUGAGGCCCUAUCCAAGAUGCCUGAGAACAGCAAGGUGGUUUUCCUUAAGGUGGAUGUGGACGAUGUGGAGGAAGUGUCUCAAAAGUGCAACAUAAGCUGCAUGCCCACAUUCCAAUUUUACAAAAAUGGGAAAAAGGUUGAUGAGUUCUCUGGAGCCAAUGUGGACUCACUGAAAGAGAAAAUAGCAGCUUUGAGGUCAUGAAGCUGUCUUAUCCUUCACUACAGAAGCCAGAGUUUCCCUUCUUAGAGACAGACUGACACACUCCUCAGAUGUAGAAAUAAAGGAAGAGGAAAAAAUAUUUCCAUUGGUUCCAUGUAUCGUGUCUCUGUCCGGUAUUCUUGUUUGUCCACUCUGAACUUUAAUUAAAACUUGGACCACUGAAUGUUUAAUGGGGGGGGG